AGGAACGAUUUAGAGUUUUUCAAURGUCAUYUSCUAAACAAAGACAAGGUCAUUGAAAAUUACGUAGCGAAAAUGAAGGRAAAUAUUAAGAAGAACACAACGUUUUAUGAACUCCUUCUUCCAAACACUCCUGGUGAAGAGAGAAAAUCGCUAGAAUUUGACCAAAUUUACACCAAUCUGAUCAUGUACCCUGGAAGAGCAAAAUAUAAAUUUACAGGUAAAAGACACGAGAUAUUCGAAGGAUACRUAAGGUCACAAGAAYACCACCAGUCCAUAAAUAAGAUUGAAAACAUUUUUGCACCAGAACCARAAAAACCACUAGAAAGACCUCUCUCUAUCAUGAUCGUUGGUCGACCGGGUAUUGGCAAGAGCUUGUUAUGUCGGAAGAUCCUUCGUGACUGGGCCUGUGGAAAAAUCUUUAACGAGGAAACAGGAUGGAAAUGUUUURAAUUUGUUUAUCUUUUCAAAUUUAGGCAUUUCAACAGUGAUGAGAAAAUAAAUCUUCAGCAACUGCUUGGAAGAGGUCAGUUCUCGGGAGCGUUUCCUAAUGAGGUCUACUCCUGUAUACUAAGCCACCCAGAAAAAGUGUUGCUUAUUUUCGAUGGUCUUGAUGAAUUUGGAAAGAAAGAAAACAUUGUUAAAGAAGACGAAUAUGGGAGCACUCUUGCAGAGACAAUUCCAUUUUCAGCACUGUAUUCAAAGUUAGCAUCAGGAAAACUAUUUGAAGGAGCUACAGUUGUAACUACCUCAAGACCAACAGCUCUUUCUUAUGUGUCAUUUCCAAAUAAAACUUUUGACCGAACUUUGGAAAUUCUGGGAUUCAUUUCAAAGCAAAUAGAAAAAUAUGUGGAAAGCUUUUGUCAAGACUCUACUGUAAAACAGAAAUUAUGGAAUCACAUUAGCAGCAAUGCAGACAUUUUUUCAUUAUGCUACAUUCCUGUAAAUUGUCACAUUGUGUGCUUUUUAUUACAAGAAAGACUAAAACGAGAUGAAGACAAUGGUUUGGAAAAUUUGCSAACUACACUCACUGAAAUUUACAAAUAUGCAUUAGUGCUUAUUGUCUGCAAACACAACCCACAAUAUCGCUGCAGCCUUCCUGAACAAGAAAACCUGUUGUCCUCACYUGAAUUCGCUCCUGAAGUAGAAACAUCUUUGAAAAAUUUAGGGGAAAUAGCUCUUAAAGGAAUCGAAGAGGAUAGACUGAUUUUUGAAUCGAAUGAAGUCAAGGGACAUGAAGAAAGUGGUCUGCUUCAUCRGCUGCCCAACCAACAGUUUAAUAUUAUCGUACACAAAAAACAAUACUGCUUCCUCCACUUAACGAUUCAAGAACUUCUGGCUGCAAGAUACAUCGUAAKGGGGAGAAAUGUAGAAGUACUGCAAAGCUGGAUUUCUGAACAUCUGCAUGAAGGCAAGUGGGAAGUAGUGAUGCAGUUUAUUGCUGGGUUGGCUCAUCAUGAAGAUCAUAGCUCUAUAGUGGAGAUAUUUAUUAGAAGGUUACCACGGCCAAUCAUGUCUGGUGAAGCAAGCUGGCCAUAUGGUAAACAAGAGGAACUAGUGAUCAGACUUUUUAAGUGCAUAUUUGAGAUUUCAAGACACUCAAAUAAUCAAUGGAAAGGUUUGGUUGCAAACACCUUGUUUGGUGUAUUCGACGUAGACCUGGGACACGCGUCAUUAACUGAUGCAGAUAUGACAGCGAUAGUGUUCAUUUUACAAGAGAUAAAGAGUAUUGUAAGUGUAAGUGUAGCUGGGAACAACAUUACAUCUAUAGGGUGUAAGGAGAUGUAUAAGCUACUGAAGAUGUCAGGGUCUUCUGAUGCAAAUGAGUGCAAAAUAACCAGCUUGAACAUGUGUAGCAACCGAAUAGAUGAUGAAGGAUUAAAGCACUUGUCCGAUGCACUCGCUAAAAAUGAGUGCAAACUAACCACGUUGGGCAUCAGUCACAACCAAAUAGGUGAUGAARGAUUAAAGCASUUGUCCGAUGCACUCGMUAGAAAUGAGUGCAAACUAACCACGUUUGACAUCAGUGGCAACUCAAUAGCUGAUGAAGAAUUUAAGCACACGGAGCACUGGCAACAAAUGAUCGAGAACCUGGCUUUGUAUGAAUGAAACAAUCAUGGGACAGCGAUCAUCUAGAUUAUUAACAGCAGCAGUCUAGAAUAAAAAGCUGCUCUGAACUAAUUCCCCAUUUAUAGCCCAUACUAAAAACUGUGACUGUCAGUUAAACAGAGGAGGACAAAAUUCUAAAAUUCCAUUGGUUUGUGGAAAAGACAUACAUGACGUCACCUAUAUGCUAAAGGAAUAGCGUCCGAAACGUCAGUAAGAUUUUUCAUCUUUCCACGGUGUAUAAUUUACCCUUUUAUCAUUACUGUUUCAUUAGAAACACCGACGCAGCUCACACUAGUUUUUAGCUAGUUAUCUCUUCUAUAUGCUAAAGAUGGUAUUUAUAAAAUGACACGCUCUCUAGCCAGAGUGAGUCAUAUCGUAGUUAUAAUGACCUUUAAAGGCUGGUUCAUCCUAGCGAAGGAAUCGGAAGCGGAAUCGAAUCCCUAAAACUUUGACAAUUUAACGAUAUAUAUGCAUAUCCCCCUUUUUCGAAUUGUCUUUCGUUACAUAUAUAUGUAUAUAGCUAAAUUGUCAAAGUUUUUCCUGCCAAGCACACGCCCCCAACAACAAUAACGUAACAAACUUGUGUCGGUUAAUGCUAAGCAUGGCUUGCUCCUUGCCCAGGUUCAAAUAGCAAUUGUGAUUGAGAUCUACGGAGCCGCGAUUGUGAGAAGACCUCAAGCAUAGUGACGUUUAUACCUUUGUGGCCUUUUUGUUAUGGUCACUAUCACAGUUACCUUGGUAUUCUCAAAGGACAUUUGAAUAUGAAGAGGUUUUGAAAAGGGAUUGUGUUAGUUUAGGUAUUCAACGUCAUAGGGGUUAGGGUCUAUUAACAAACCAAGCUACUGAUAAUUUCCUCUACGGUGUAUCAAUCGUAACAGUUCUAGUUGGAAUAUAUGUGUCGAUCUGGUAGUGAUAUUCACCUAAAUCUAGAGCACUGGGGUUGAGAGCAUAAUUGGUUGUCGCGCCAUGUAAGGGAAUCCGGACUUAUGCUGGAUUCCGGAUUCCGAGACUCUGGAUUCCGGAUUCCAAAACUUUUGUAUUGUGGAUUCCGGAUUCCAUAUCGUUAAUUUUCUGGUACUUUCUCUGAAAAUUGUAUUUGAUAUACUUGCCAGUAUAACUAGGAAGGUGUCCCUGGUUCAGGAUUCCGGAUUCCAUUAUAAUGCUCCCAUUUCGAGUUCUCCUUUGCUCAGUCUUGGCCUCGAUUGUGUACGAAUGUGCUCUUUUCUUUUAUUAAGGUCCAUUGUAUAGUAAGGAAUGUACGCACUACGGAACAAUAUGAGUUGAUUAAAAUGCCACGGGUUUUGGUUGAAAAGGUGAAUAUUAUAACACAAACGAGACUAAGACUGAGCAAAAAGAACUCGAAACUGGAGUAUUCCGGAAAUCCAAAAGGGUGGAUUCUGGAUUCCAUUAUAAAYUGUAUUCCGGAUUCCAAAGCCUAACAUUUUGUGUAUUCCGGAUUCUCUUACGUGGGGCGAUGGUUGAGAACUAUCAAUAAUCAAACGCAAUACACCUUGAAGGUAAUUGUGAUCUUUAAUGAUAUUUCUUAGUCCAAAAAAGCUCCAAAAGGCUAAAAAAGGCAAGUCGAUUCUAUGACAGACUUAGAUCAGGGCGAGGAGCGAGUGAAAAAGGAUGUUUUUCAAACGUGUAUGAUUAAAUACCCUGAAGGGAUCCUUGCUCAGUGUUUUAUAAUAUAGAGAAAUUCUACUUUUUAA